CAGCAGAAAUGUGUGAAUGUAGACACUUGAACUGCUAGGACUCUAACAGAUUGAUUGGUAACAGAGACUCCACCUCCAGGACAUUAUAAGUCAGACUUUCAAAACCUGAUCAGAGCAUGCUGACAGCAGCCAAGAUGACAAAGCUGUGGCUCCUCAUGCUCCUGUACUGGGCAUGGAGCCCUCAGUGUCUUCCAUCCAGUGUUAGCUUCAUUGGUACACCACAGGAGUGUGAAAAGGCUCCCUUUGUCCCCGGUUACAACAUUGGUGGAGAAGGCUUUGACAUUGUGACAAUGGAGAGGAAGGGGGCUUCUGUCAUCGACACCGACACUUGGAAUCUUGGAAACGGCACCUGCAGGCUAUACAGAAACACCUACAUGAGCAAGAAAAAGCAGAAGGUCCCGGUCUCUGAGCUGGACUGGAGAAUCCUCCCCAAGUGUAGCUUAAAGGUUGAGAGCAUAGUCUACAAUUCAGUUGAAAGAUUUGCCAAUGAUUCCAUAUCAGUUGUGUCCAAUGACUGGAAAGACGACUUGAACAUAUCUGUAGAUUCCAAUGAUAUAUAUGGUGGUUCUCACUCUAAAGAAUGUACAUUUGCCAUGAAAAAGUCCAAGGAAGACCGCUACACCUUCUUCCGCCAUUCUGUCUCCUGUAACUUCUACCGCUACAGACUGGCAACAAAACCUCCACUGAGUCAUGAGUUUGAAUCAGCUGUGAAGUCCCUUCCUUCCUAUUCAGGUAAAACAGAAGCAGCGUACCUCCAUUUGAUUGACACAUAUGGUACACAUUACAUCACUCAGGUUGUUCUGGGAGGGGAAAUCAAGGCUAUCACUGCUAUCAAGACAUGUAAGGCAGCAAUUAAUGGACUGUCUGAAACAGAGAUCAGUGACUGUUUGUCAGUCGAGGCCUCUGCUUCCUUUGCGCAUCCUAAUAGCAUUAAGUCAAUGAUGAAACACUGUGAGACAAAGAGGAAGAAACUUGCCAUCCCAAGCUUCGGGAACGCAUUUAAUGAGCGGAUCACUGAGGUCUCUGGCGGAAACAUUGAUGCAUCUGAUGUCCUCUUUCAAGGGAAGUCAAACCCCUCUGUCUUUACUACCUGGAUUAAGUCUCUGAAAACCACACCUGAUGUGGUCAAAUACAACUUAAAGCCUCUCCACACCAUACUGCCAAGUGAUCAUCCUGCCAGGGCUGGAAUAAAGCAAGAGGUUGAAAAGUACAUCAAGAAAAAUGCAGUGUUGAAAAACUGUUCAGAAAGUUGUGAGAUUGGUCAAAGGUCCAACAAAAGAGAUCCUUGUGCUUGUGUCUGUACUGGUAGCCAGAAUGUGAAGCCAAACUGCUGUCCUGCUAAGAAAGGUCUGGCUACAUUAACGGUAUUCAAGCUUUAUGCACAGGGUUUGUAUGGUGACAGAUGGACUAAGACAGAUGGUUCAGUGGAGGUUAAAUAUGGUAACCAGACAAAGCGUACUGCCAUAAUAAGGAACAACGACUUUCCCAAAUGGACAGAGACAUUCGAGUUUGGACCCAUCAAGAUCAACAGGAAAGAUAAACUUGUGUUCACUGUCUAUGAUGAGGACACAUACUGGAACAGUGAUCGACUUGGCCAGUGCUCAUUUAACCUGAAUAGUGGCAACGUGACAGACAGCUGCAUGUUGAACCACGGUACCUUCUUCUUUUCGUACAAAGUAGAGUGUGCACCAAGUCUUGGCGGUUUGCAUUGUCAAGACUACAUACCCACGCCUGCUCGUUCCUUUCUGACCAAUAUGGCCAUCAACAAGAACUGGGCCCUUGGGUGGUCAGGGACAAAACAUACUGAUGGAAGUUAUUACCUUUGAUUUUGCUAAUGUCUGUUGUGCUUUUGAGUUUUUACUCCUGUGUGCAAACAUUAUUUUGUGUCUUUUGAUCUAACUGCUCCAGUUUAUCCACAAACAUUGCUGUAUGCUCCAUUUCUGUUACAAAAUCUGCCAGUAAAUCAACAUUAAAGACAAAAUUGGUGUCUGUGUGAUUUAA